AUGCGCCCGCCGCCCCUCGCCUCAGGAGACCGGCGCCCCGCGCCCUCGGCCCGGCCGCGUCCUCGUCCUUCGGUCGCGCCGCGCAGCGCCGGCCGCCGCCUCAGCGCCUCAUCACCGCCGCGGGCUGAGGGAGCGCGGCCUGCGCGGCGGACGGCGCCCUCCGCUCGGGCACGCGGGCCCGGCGCGCGAGACCCGCCCCCUUGGCCGCCGCCGCCUCAGCAUUCCGGGCGGACGGCUCGGCCGGCGGAGCAGCGCAGGGCGUGUGGGCGCCACUCGCUCUGCGUGCUCUGCACGUACACCCUCCUUUCUUUCUUAACAAACUGCUAG